GCUACAAUUCCUUUCCCACAGGAGAAGCUCCAGGCUGCUCUGGAGAUGCAGAUGGCAAAUGAGAAAAUAUGUGAUGAAUGGGAAGAUGACCUGCAAAAGGAGAGAACUUUCUGGGAGAACCAAAUACAGAGUGAUGUAGAAAAUGUUCAGAUGGCAUUUAAAAGACUUCAGGAAUUCCUGGACUUCAAGGAGAAGAGUGAGAAGCAGAAGCUGAUGCAAGAGAAGGAAGAUGUUAUGAACAGCCUGGCAGAGUCUCAAAAUGAGCUGAUGAAGCAGAGGGAGGCAGUGAGAGACCUCAUCUCAGAUGUGGAGCAUCAGUUGGACUGCUCAACCAUGGAAAUGCUGCAGGGUGUGAAUUCUGUCCUAACAAGGAGUCAGACCUUAAGAUUAAAACAGCCCAAAAUGGUCCUAAGAGAAAAGAGAAGGAUCUUCCAAGCUUCAGAUCUGAAAGGCAUGCUGGAAGUGUUUCAUGAGCUCAUGGAUGCCCAACACUACUGGGUUCAUGUGACCCUGCCUCGAGUCUACAAGAAAAAUGUUAUCAUUAAUGUGGACAAAAAACAAAUACAACAUCAAAAUAAGAAUACAAGAAAUAGAAGAAUGUUUAGUAUUUUUGGGACCUAUGAUUUAGGUGUCCUUGGAUAUCCAGCUAUCCACUCAGGGAAACAUUACUGGGAAGUAGACGUGUCUAGAAGUGAUGCCUGGCUCCUGGGAUUAAAUGAUGGAAGAUGUGCUCAACCCCAACAUCAUGGAUUGAAUAAAAAACCCUUCAAAGUCAUGUAUAAUUCUGUUGUUAAACAUUGUGUAUAUUAUCAGCCUAAACAUGGCUACUGGGUUAUAGGUAAGAAGAAUAGGUCUGUAUAUAAUGCCUUUGAAAAUCGUUCUGUCACCCACAAUGCCAGUGUCUUGGUCCUCUCUCUGACUCAUCCUCCCAGUCGUGUUGGAGUUUUCCUGGACAGAGAAGCUUGCACUCUUUCAUUUUAUGAUGUCUCCAACCACGGAGCUCUCAUCUAUAAAUUCUGUGAACCUUCCUUCCCUAAUACAGUUUAUCCAUAUUUUAAUCCUAUGGAAUCAUCAGAGCCAAUGACAGUCUGUGGACCACCCUCCUAAACCCUCAUCUAUAUCUGCACAGUGCCCCCAUGUAUGGUAUAUCUCAUUACAUCUGAGCUCCGUGGAAUCAUUUCAACAUUUUUUUUUUUUUGUAUCUUUGGGUACAGAAAACCAUGGGGUUGCCUUGGCCUAGAUGCCUUGAGAAACAUGUGCCAUAGGUUUCUCAGGUUAGAGUCCCUGGCUCCUGGGGUACAAUGUGAGACCUGAGAGACCAAAGGACUCUCUAAGGCAGUGUAGUAUUCAGGCAAUUUUAGGUUUCUCUGCAUGUUCCCUUAGUCAAGGAAGCAUGGAAGCUUCAUAGGAAAUUGGUCUUAGACAAUAAUCUUGUAUAUCCUGUAUAGCUUGCAAAUUUCACUGUAUCCUGGCAACUGCAACUGUAUUGAUCUUGGAAAUUACCAUUAUAUACUGUUCCUGAUAAAGGUAUAAAAAGUCUGAUUGCGCUCAAUAAAAUUGUCACAGUCUCAGUCUUGCUCUGGCCCCUCCAA